AUGUCUUUAGCAUUUACCACGGCUCUUGUUGAAGAUUUCGAAGACUUGCUGGAAAGUGCCGAUGACUAUGACAUUUCGAUUCAGGCGGGCAAGGAGAUAAAUUCCAAAGUGUUCAGAGCACACGCCAACAUUCUGAAAGCACGCUCCAAUUACUUCAAGAAGGCCUUAUCACACAACUAUCAUGAAGGAAAGCACGAAACACCUCUUGUUAUAGUCAUUGAAAACAUCACGCCAGCUGCUUUUGAGGCUAUUCUCAAAUAUUUGUACACUGGGAAGAUGUCUUUAGAUGAUACGAACAUAGAUAAUUUACUGGACUUGCUGGAUGCUACUAAGUAUCUGUGGCUGGACAAUGUAAACACUGCUUUACAAAAACAUUUGAUCAUUCAUGAAGCAACCUGGAUCAAGUCUCAGUUUUCUCACGUUCGUCACAUAGCAUCCCAGAAAAACUACAAAUCCAUAUUAUCAUUCUGCAACGAUCUGGCAAAAUAUGAUCCUACGGUGGUGUUCAAAGCUGCGGAUUUUAUGCAACUGGACAAGGAUCUUUUGGUCAAUAUAUUGGAACAAGAUUACAUAGGGACCACGGAAGUCGAAGCAUGGGGAAAAGUUGUCGCAUGGGGAAAGCAUCGUACAGUGGGUUUACCAGAGGACAUGAAGGAUUGGCAGCAAGGUCACUUUGAAGCCUUAAAGACGACACUCGAAGAUUGUAUUCCAUUGAUUAGAUUCUUUCAAUUCACGGCUGCCGAGUUUAACGAUCAUGUCAUUCCGUAUGAUGGACUUCUUCCCAAAGAGCUUUUUAAGGAUCUGAUGGGAUAUUUCUUGAAACCUAAUUAUACUCCCAAAACGAACAUAUUACCGGCACGAACAGGCCAUAGGUGGCUAUCGUUUUUGGCAAGGCUUAUGAUGAUACGAGUGAAAAGACAAGACAGGACCCAGGAAGAAGAAACGGAAGAAAUCAGCGAUAACUGGUUGGAUAUUGCCGAGUCUUUGGCGGUGUUUGAUAGCAAGAAUAUUACUGGGAUAUGGGAAGAAAGCGUUCAAGAACAGAAUCAAGAAGAGACACAAGAACAGGCCCACGAAGUGACACAAAAAAAUGAAGAUUCGGUAACUCCAGAAGAAGAAAAUCAAUCGCUGGGGAGAGCAUGGGUGAUUUCCGAAGAAGAGAAUCAGACAUUAGGAAGGGGAUGGAUCACAUUGGAAGAGGAAAAUCACUGGAAAGCUUCUACGUGA